AUGUCGGCUCCGAUGAAUUACCGAGGAACCCUGCGUGCCGUUAUUAUAGACCAUUACGACUCAUAUACAAAUAAUAUCCUUCAACUGCUCCAAAAAACUUCCUUGGGGGCGAGCGAUGUGCCAUAUCCCGAAUGGAAUGUGGCUGUGAUUCGAUUCGAUCAAUUUUCAUGGGAGACAUUUAAAACGUCCAUUCUGCCCUCGGUCGAUGCAGUGAUACUGUCUCCCGGUCCCGGGACUCCCAACAGAGAAUCUGAUUUUGGAUUUAACUCCAAGCUAAUUAAAGAAUCCAAAGUUCCUGUCUUGGGUAUAUGCCUGGGACACCAAGACCUACCUAGCGAGAUAGAACUUACAGCGUGGACGUUUGAUCCUGAGGAUCCCGUGAAAAGAGUAUGCAUGGGAGUUCAGCACCGCAGUCGUCCAAUAUUUGGCACCCAAUGGCACCCUGAGAGUGUGUGUUCGACACACGGUCAGCAAAUAAUCGAUAAUUUUCGAACUAUCACCCUAGAAUAUUGGGCUAGAAGCAGCCCAUGGAAUAGUUGGGCUUCUCGCUCUCUUGUCGAGAAUGCAUCUCUGCCCGAUUUUAUUCUCAACAAUAGUGCAAUUGUGAGAGAGGCACAAGAAGCUCCCUUUGGCGAAUUCAUACCCCCCCGCCGGGCUUCAACGGUUACUGUACACCCUUAUUACAUCAAAUCUGCGACACUUGGACAAGGACCCACAGCCCAAGCAUUGUUCGAUGCUGCGGUCCGCAAUUCCUCAGUCGAUGGUGAAGCAUGGCUCGAUAGUGCAAGGGUGCGAGAUGUGCACUCAAGAAAUUCUUACCUGGCAGCGGCUUCAUUUACGAUGAGUUAUAAAGUUCAAUCCAAGACCCUAUCGGUGUACCAGAAGGGAAUAUGUACUCAAUCUAAGCAGCUUCCGACGUCCUACUGGGCAUGGCUUGAUUACUUUCAUUCUUUUAUAAUUCAAGAUAAUAUCCAGGCUCUCGAUUCGCAAUCACUCAGCCAAACAGCGGAAAUUGGACAACCGCUCUUUCAGGUAGGCAUGAUUGGCUACUUUGGGUUUGAACUGAAGCGCGAAGCGCUGUCAGGCUAUGUUUAUCAUUCUCAUAGUCAGAACGAAAAUUCUGAAGCUCCGCCAGAUAGCCAGCAUAUGUUUUCUGAUACUGUUUUCCGGUUAGACAAUUAUACUGGAGAAUGGAAGAUAUUCAGUCUGAUUCGCCGGUCCCAGGAGGAUCCAAUUGGCCGAUUCAUCAAUGCCAGAUCUCCUGUGGGCCUCACAGAGCCUGAGUUUGACUCUCUCUUUGCACAUCUCCAGAAAACCUUUCUUUCCUCCUCAUCGAACCCCACUAGUACACCAAUACCGUUGCCCGGUUUUGUUGCUUUAGAUGAUGAAUCCUCCUACAGCCAGAAGAUCCGCGCCGCACAAGAUGCAAUCCGAGAAGGCGAGGCCUAUGAACUAACACUCACGACAAAAUUCAAAGCGUUACAUUCAGAUGUUGAUCCCUAUUUCUUGUAUCUCUCUCUUCGACAGAGAAACCCUGCUCCAUAUUCGGCAUAUAUUAAUUUUCCAGCGAGUGAUACAACUAUACUGUCGUCCUCGCCAGAGCGAUUCAUCUCCAUUGAUGCGGAUGGCGUGGCGGAAAUGAAGCCAAUAAAAGGAACUUUAGCCGUGAGCCCUGAUAAAGAGGAAGAUGAACGUAGGAAACAUCAACUCGCCACUGAUGUAAAGGAGCUCGCAGAAAAUCUGAUGAUUGUUGAUCUCAUCCGCGCAGAUCUUCACAAUAUAUCUCCUUCAAAAUCCAUUGUUGUCCCGAAAUUACUCCACGUCGAAAGCUAUGAAACAGUACACCAGCUAGUAACGACAAUACAGUCUCAAAUCGCCCCCAACGUUGGAGGCGUUAAAGUACUCGAACGAUGUUUCCCCCCUGGAUCCAUGACAGGCGCUCCAAAACUCCGAGCAGUCCAAAUACUCGACGGCCUCGAACAGAACAGGGAGCGCGGCAUCUAUUCGGGUAGCUUGGGCUAUCUGUGUGCUAGUGGCACUGUUGAUCAGUCAGUUAUUAUUCGAACUAUUGUGAAAUAUGGAAAGCAACUCGAACUAGGUGCAGGGGGGGCAAUUACCUGGCUAAGUGAAGCGGACAAGGAGUGGGACGAGGUGAUGGUGAAAGCGAAUGCGGUGGCUAAAGCAUUGCCCUGCGGAGCCACGUAG